AUGGAUUUAUCAGAUAGAGGCACACGUUCUUACGUCAUCGAUACACGAAGAAUAGGCAAGAAAUUAUUUCCUUGUCCACAAUGUACAAGUAGUUUUGGACAAAAACAAAGUUUAACGAGACAUUUGAAAUAUGAAUGUCUUCAAGAACCAAGAUUUGCCUGUCCUUAUUGUGAUCAUCGAAGUAAAAAGACUUCGGGUAUUUAUGGACAUGUUCGUAGAAGGCAUGUCACUAUGAAAGUUUAUGCCAUUGAUAUAUAUGGUAAAAAACGCAGUGGAUCACAUCAGAGGCAUUUUGCAAAAUUUGGAAAAGCCAAAUUAGAUGACAGUCAUUUCAACUCAUAUACGGGGAAAUUUCAUUGUCCCAAAUGUAAUAGUGGUUAUGGAAGACGUGAUACAAUGUUGGGACAUUAUCGUUAUGAAUGCAAUCAACCGCCAAGAUACAAGUGUCCAUAUUGUCAAUUGCUCAGUAAAAAGACUUCCAAUGUUUAUCAACAUGUUAGAGCUGUUCAUCCCAGUGAAACUGUAACACUCGUAAAACUUUAUUAG